AAAAUAUAACCGUUAUGACUCGUCUGUUAUGUGUGCCCUUUACACUCAUUUGUUUUUUAUUUUGUCAGCUGUAAGUUGUUCUCACGCAUGAACAAAACAAUCGCUCAAGAUAAGGAAAAACCAAAAAUAGGAAUCCAUUGGUGGCUUGUGGCUCAAGAUUUCGAUGCUGUGACGAUUCAGGCAAGCAACCUUACAGAACAGUUCUUGGGUUUGGCGUUGAACAGGUGGGUACUCUUGUCUGUUUUCAAAAAAAAAUUAGAGGCUUUUGAGGAAAAAGAUGGUUUAUUUGUUGGAAUCCAGUGGGUUGCACUGCCAGGUCCCAAAGGCUUCUGUAUCUAGAAGUACUCAGAGGUUGUCACUGUUGAAUCAGUUAGAAAGUUCCAGUCCUUCGUAUUUGUCCUGCAACUUAUUUCAUGGGAGAAGUAGGCCACUGGUAUCAUUCUACAAGGGCUCCACAUGCAAGCAGCCUAUUGUUACUCUCAAUUGUAGAUUUAUUUCUUCUUCAAUGAACAAUUUCUAUAGAACAGAAGCAGGGAUGAAUUUUUUCAGGAAGAAACAGUCACAGAAACAAUCUAAGAAUCUUCAGUCAAUAUUGAUCAGGUCUGCCCUGUAUUUUGUCUGUAAACAAAAUUUCUUGUUUGAUUUUUUAUUGAACAACUGGUCUGAAUUUGAUAAGAUUGUCCUUAAUGCUGAUGACAAUGGGGGAAAUGGGGGUGGGUUUACAUUUAUUCCUGGUUUGGGAGGAGGGGAUGGAGACAAUUUUUCAAGAAAGAGAAGGAAGGGCUCUUGGAAAUGGUGGUGGGUUCUGAUUGUUUUGGUUGUGUUCUCUGGAGUUUACUAUGGAAACCUGAAGCCACCCACUUAUAUUUUUAAUGGAGAAAGAUUAGAAGCCUUGGUUAUAAAGGCAGUUUCAUUUGGAAUAUUUGCCCUGAUUUUACUUGCUAUUGUGGGAUCAGUGGCUCUGACAGGUUCCAUUUUGGUUGCUUCAUUGAGAUUUGUCAAGAAGAAAUCUAAAUUCAUCUUGUUUCCACCAAGAAGGAGGAGGUUGCUGUCAGUGCCAAAGAGCAUAACUUCAGGAACCCUACUUUCAACUAUGGUUUUAAGCAUUCUUUACCCCAAAAUCCCCAAGGCACUUGUAGAAGGAGGUUGGUGUUCUUUAAGACAAUUGAAGCAGACCACAGAUAGCCAAAUGAAAGCUUCUUGGAAGAAAGUGAAAAGGGCCCAUAAGAAAGUUACAAUUAUGUUCAACACUUCUCUUAAAAGAGAUUUCAAAAGCAUCUGAGUACAAGGAAAGGAAUAGCAUUAAAUUUAUUGUUGUUUAGAUGUAAAUGCAGAAUGUUACAAAUUGUACAAGGCUUUGGUGUUCUGUUUUGAGAGUAUUUUAUUCUUGUAGAUGUUAUUAAAAAAAUUUAUUCAUGUAUUUAAUAUCUUAUGUUUCUGUUUUUUAAUACAUUUGAAAGAAAAAAUCA